CUUAACAGCUAUCGACAUUUUCCCAUCUCUAUUUUACGCAGGCCGCAUUUUUCUCGUUUAUUGGCAAUUUUAUAGACCGAAUUAGCUAAACAUGUCGAAAGCCCAUCCCCCAGAGCUCAAGAAGUACAUGGACAAGCGGAUGAUGCUGAAGCUGAAUGGAGGACGCGCAGUGACCGGCAUUUUGCGUGGAUUCGAUCCCUUCAUGAACGUGGUGCUGGACGAUACGGUGGAGGAGUGCAAGGACAAUACCAAGAACAACAUCGGAAUGGUGGUAAUUCGCGGCAACAGCAUCGUCAUGGUCGAGGCUCUGGACAGGGUGUAGACCUUGCCUCGGACCUGGACAUCGUCACCACUCACCAAUUGUUAGCCGUAAUGUCUAGUCUUAAGGCUCCCCUAAAACAUUCAAGCGCUGUACACCAGAAAAGCAUAUAAAGUCGGAAAUAAAAUGUAAAAGUAAAACCAA